GCGGGAGCCAGUUGAAUGAUAUCAGUUAGAGUAAAAAACAGCACAGGGUCAUUGCAAGAGCCAAGAGGUCAAGAACAGUUUGGCAAGAUCAUGGAGAAGAAAUAUGAGGAUGAGGUCCAGUUGCUUCAGAAGGAGAUUGAAAUGCUGGAGGCUGAACGUGAAGAGACUUUACGAUCCAUUUUCAUAGAGCAUGGAGAUCGACUACAGCAGGAACUAAAGUCUUUCUUUGAGGAAUUGGAAGGUGAUGGAGAACAGAAACACGCUCUUUCAAAGCUCAUCACGCAAAUCAGAGACCUGGAGAAAGACCUGAGGCGACAGACUGAAAUCAAUGGCAUCACUCUAAAUGAGUGUUUCGUGAAGACGUUGAACAAAAGUGAACGCAGACAGGUACAACAAGUAAGACUUGCUGGUCACUGUGGUCUGCUUUUGUUUCAAGUUGAGUUCGCAGUAACUGAGAUUCAGGAGGGUAAAGCUCUGCUCAGGAGGAUUACAGAGCUCAAUAUUGUCGUGGAUGGCGCUGAAUUCAAAGAUUUCUCUGCGUUUGUGUCCAGGGUGGAAGACACGAAAGAUCUUCUCUUGUUCUUCAGGACCUUGAGGACGUUCUCUGAGAGAUGUGAGGAGAGACAGCGAACGUUUCAACACUUUCAGGAGAAGUAUCCAGACGUGGUCGGCCUUCCCGAGGGAUGCAGGUCUGAGCUUAUGGUCAUGCAGAGUCCUAAACUUCCCGGGAUCUCCAUGACCAUAUUUUGGAAGAUUGAUGUUUCCAAGGAGGGACUGGUAAAACCAUCACUGGAGCUCCUUAUGAAGAUGCCAGAUCAGGCUCGUGAAAUGGACACGAACGUGAUGGAAAACGGAUGUGAUCACUUCAGGAGUCUCCUGCAGAUCCUUGGGGUGGAGGCAUCCAUCGAGGGUUUGAUAAGAACCUUGUGUCUGUGAGAAGAUCCAACAUUCACACAAACACUAUUGCUUCAUAUCUAAUCAGUUUAUUCCAUAUAAACUCCUGUACAAUCAUGAACUACAUGUUUAUGCCACCAGUACGUGUCAAUCAUUUUACGUUUGAUGUUCACACUUUAUGGAAUUAUACAUCGUUAAACAAGAGCUAGAAAAAUAAAUACUUUUAAAUACAAAAUGUUUGACAGCAAAAUCCACUUUGUAUUUUCGAACAGUUAAAUUUUAACAUUAGAUUCUUUCACAGAGGCUGUGAUUUUAUUUCCUUUGAGACAUUAAUGUCCGUUCCUACCUACAUAGUCAUUUUAGAUCUGUAUUAUUUUAUUAAAGUAACACAACAUCACCCUUUCAGAUAAAGAUGUCUUGGUUUAAAAAGGUGUAAGUUGGUGUUUUAAAUGAAGGCAGAAAUAUGGUUUUGUGGAAACUUUGGUGUGGCGAAACCACACGGUAACACUUGGAAAACGUGAUCAACUAAACGCUUUUGUUCCACGUAUAAGGCGUACAAUACUUAUAACACCAGCUUGAAAUCACAUUAAGACGAAAGAGGGGGUGUGAACGCGUUUUGGCAAUAUCGAACGUUCAUAAACAGAAACAGUCGGCAUCACGCGGCAAAGAGGUAAACAUAAGCAUGAGGUCGUCCGUUCGGCGAACAGCGGCGAUGCUCACGCCACAAUUUUGUAACAGUAAUGUCGGCCCGGAGGUGCCAUCUUUAGUGUUAAUGUUGCACGGUAAAAUACUGCCGUUCCUAUGGCACAGCAAUAUACGGAUUCUCUCUAAAAAAAAAAAAAAGACGCCCGUCACUAUUCGAAAAGUGCUGGGUCGUCUUACUGCUUAGCAUUCUGUAUUGUGCUAACGAAAGCUGGCAUGCUGUCAGUCUUUGGUUGACGUAUGAAACACGCCCGUCUCUGCGAACAAUUACGGCCAUGAAAACUCAAGCCCCACAUAGUGGUAAUAAAACUCAAGAUGCUCGGGAUGAAUUCUUUUCUGGUCUGGGGUUUCCAGCGGAGAACACAUGAAUGUAUUAGUGUCAAACUCAGAGACAGAGCGGACGCAGACAGACAGACGCUUCACAUUUUACAGCAAUUUUAAGGAAAAUGAUGCAUUGAGAUCACAGACAGGCUUUAAAGAAGAAGUUCGUCCGAAAAAGAAAAUCUGCUCAUGGUUUACUCACACUCGUCGUUUUAGAAAAACAAACGCCCAAAAAGCAUCAUCGUACGGCAAGAGCCACAAAAUAGAUGCGUCUUCAAAAUAACCGCAUGAAGGUUUGCCACCACAUGAACAGAGUUUUCAUUUCAGGACGACUAUUCCUUUAAUAAGACACUUUGUUUUGUAUAUGGCGAGAAAUGAUAACGGCAGCUGAGCGUGUUACAAAAAUACUCCAUUAGUGAGUAAUAAUGUUACUGUUAUUCAUCUUACGGCUCUUACGGGUAGUGAAAGGGUUAGCGUGGUCACGGUCACUAGCAUGCAACAUGUCUGUGCUUGUCAGUAUAUAAUGUGAUAUUAUAGACCGCCAAGGGUCAAAGCUCUAGUCGUGUAACAGAGCAGUAGUCUCACUUCAAGUAUCCGAUUUAAAAACUCCAUGCACAGCGACACAGCAAGCUGAUGCACUAGAAGGCUUGUUGGGGAAAACACUGUAAGCCCAUUUUGGCACUCGGAUGCUAAAGUAGCGCCCAACAGAAGUGCACAAACAUACACACAGUCCGUUUUCUCCAUUACGGCCUAUGACAGGCUCAUUCUGUGCUUUAGGAGACCAGCCCCACUGAGAACAUCAGCCACAAAAAAAAAAAAACAGUCGCCC